GAGGCAGUCGCCAGUGCUAGUGCUGUGCCCUAGGUCAGUCAGCUGUGCCAGUUUUCGCGCCAAACCGGAUUGGAGAUGAAGAAGACAAAAGGGCGAGUAACCUUUGUACCCCCGGAUGGAGGCUGGGGCUGGGCAGUGGUCUUAGGUUCAAGUCUUAUCAAUCUGUCAACAAGAUCUAUAGAGCCUUCUUUUGGUUUGUUGUUUGGAGACCUCCUUAAACAGCUGGAAGUCACAACUACAGGAGCAGCUGUUAUAAUGAGCACUUUAGAUGCUGUCAUUAACUUCUCAGGAUUCUUCGUGGGGCCACUGAUCAAGAAGUACUCCUAUCGCAAGGUCGGUUUCCUGGGAGCCAUCCUCAGUGCCACAGCUCUAACAGCCACGGCCACAGCUAGUAGUAUGACCCAUAUACUUCUCACAUACAGUCUCAUGGGAGGUCUAGGUUUCGGACUGGCGACGGCAGCCACGUUCGUAGCCCUGAACAGUUACUUUGUGAAGCGCCGAGGACAAGCUGUAGGCCUAGCUAUGGCAGGGACAGCGCUGGGCUUCAUGGCGAUGCCUCAGGCUAUCAGCAGACUUCUGGAGGAGUUUGACUUCCGAGGUACAAUGCUGAUCCUGGGAGCGCUGGGACUUCACGCACUGGUGGGAGCUGCCAUGCUGCAGCCUGUCAAGUGGCAUAUGAAGACUGUUGUUGUGGAAGAAGAAGGCCUCCUGGGGGAGAAGGAAGCCAACAAGGUUCCAGGCAAGGCAGUAGGAGAUGACGGCAAAGAAGUAUCAUCUUCACUACUUCUUCUUCCUCGCACUAACAGUGUUGCGUCGUCUGUAGCCACAAAUUUCCAAAGGCAGAGCAGUCAACGCAACAUACCUCGGAACAGCUCGAAUGCCAGUUUUGCUCGGAGACGGAAAACCUCAGUGAUCUCGAACGUCUCACACCUAGAUCUAAUGGGAAGCACCAUGCACGUACAUGUUGAAACAGACAGUGAGUAUGAAGACGACCAUGAAGAAUGCACUUGCAAGCACACUGAUGUCGAGAACGGUGUGGUCAAAUCAAACAACAACACGAUCAAGAAGAAACUAGUGGAACGGGAGAGGAGGAACUCAAAACGAGCCGAGCAAACAUUUUGGCAAAAAGUGGUCAGCGUGAUGGACUUUGACUUGUUGUUAGACAUGAGCUACUUGAACAUCCUCUUCGGAUUGUCCAUCACGUACAUCGCAGAGUUGAAUUUCAAGUUGAUAAUCCCUUUCUUCAUGGCCAACCUUGGAUACACCAAGAGGGAGACUGCUCAGGCGCUCAGUGUGAUGGCGAUAGCCGACAUUACAGCUCGUAUAAUUAUGCCUCCCAUUUACGAUAGACUUUCGUUCUCUCGUCGAAGCACUCUGAUUGUUGGUCUAGUUUGUGUCGCAGUUGCUAGAUCAGUGUUGGCUGAACAAACCUCCUGGACUAAUCUGAUGGUUGCUCUGGUCAUCCAUGGAUUCUUCCGAGGAUUUGCUCUAAUCAACUUUCCUCUGGUGAUAUCGGAGGCUGUUGUCCCGGAGAAGUUUCCGGCUGCCUUUGGUUUGUCGAUGGUCUCCAAAGGCAUCUUCAUAGUCGCUUUGGGGCCCGCUGCGGGUUGGAUCAGGGAUUUCACCGGAAGCUAUACCAUUUGUCUUCACGCUCAGUCUUUGAUGAUCUUGAGUUGUGUGAUUGCCUGGACACUGGAGUACUUUGUAUCCCCAAAACCAAAGCCGAAAGAAACUCAGUCAGAAGAGCCAUCAUAACACAUGUUAUUAUUAUUCCAUGUGUAUACUACUUGAAGAAACAUAGGGUACAAAACGGUGCUACUUAACCCGAUGUUUUUAUAAGUAUUAACAAAACUUAUGUGUAAUGUUAUUGAAUAAUGCAAUGUUAUGGAUGAACUGAGUACAAAAUACAGUACCUAUACCAUUUCCAUAACUGAGAGUAAGUACGAGAUCAUAAAAUCCAUUAACAAAGAAAUAUAUUUUUAAUGGUCAUAACAAAACUU